UGCCGUUGUUUCCCCCCCCCCCCCUGGCCUGAACAGAAAAGUCGUAGUGAAUGCGAGGAUAUAGCGAGGGUGGAUUUGCAUCCAUCGUAGAUCUCAAUUCUAGAUCUAGUUGUUUGAAAUCGCAAAUCGACAAUUUGUAUGCUCAUUGUUUACAAAUAUUUCGGAGAUGUUGGUGUUUUUGUGGCGCUAUAGUUUAAGUUUAAAUUAAUCGAGAGCUACGUACGUUACCAGACAUAAACAUCAUAGUCUUUGAUCGGGGAUCUAGUUUAUAUAUAUUCUAGAUUGUGUGUUUCUUUGAUGUACUUCACGCUAUAAAUGAACACAAAUGAAGUGUUAACUAAUAUAUAUAUAUAUAUAUAUAUAUAUAUAUAUAAUACUUUGCGGUGUAUUUUCAUUAUCAUCAAAGUGUGACCCUGGAAUAAUAAAGAAUUUUUUUUCUUGUGGACUCCACAAGAUCUUCCUUUAUCACUUCUCCAAUGGCUUUUUUUAAAAAGGCCAAAACAGAUUUAAUGCCGUCUGCUAUGAGACAGAAGUCGUCUGCCAAAUCUCUAUUUCGACUGAAACCAUGGUGGUCAUUAGCCAAUCCCAUGUCAUUGACAUUGUAUGGCAGCAGUCCUGUCAGCAUACACUCCCCCACAUAGACUGAGAAUGAAUAUGGAGGUUACUCCCGAGGAAGCUGCACAGCCUCCCUCCACCGCUGGUCUAUUCCAAGACUUGAAGCUGAAACGUAAAAGAGUGAGAGAUAUUCUGGGAGAAACAGAUUCCCUUGUUGUUGGUGAGCUUGUAUACAUGAAGCCCUCCGAAUGUGACCAGCGGAGUGAUGUCAGCACUGGAAGUGCAGACAGUGCCUACAUCUCAGAUAGGACGUCCGAUCUGGAUUCAGCUCCCCCCUCAAAAAAGAAAUCUCGAAAGCAGAUGGAGGAGGAUGACGACGAUGAAGAUUACGAGUCCAGGGAAAAUGAUGUGAUGUCCGCUUCCAGGCAACCAUCGCCUUUAUCAGAGUCUCUGAAAUCUUCACCCAUGUCAUCUCUUUCAUCGUCCUCUUCUGAGGUGAUAUCAUCUACGUCAUUAUCAUCUUCUCCUAGCCCCAUGCCAAAAGUGAGCAGUGCUGCAUCGUCCAUGACAUCAGCCAGCCCAGUGAUUCUCAGUUGUCCACAGGGUUAUCUCAUGCAGCUGUCAAGUGGCUUUAACUGCAGCUCUAAUGGAGGCAUGAAGCUCAUUCCCAUGGUGUCCAUCUCGUCUAGCAUGUUUCAGUCUGUUUCCACACCAAUGUUUAUCACAACAAACGCUAAUGGUUACAUUGUCUCCAGUACCAAAGAUUCUGGGUUCCCACAGGGGACACCGCUUAUAACAUAUCCCACAUUAGACGGUGCCAAAGCUGUGAGUGUCAAGGACGUUCUUCAACUUGACAAACCCCAGAUAACUAUACCAACAGAAGACAGCUUUACAACACUCAACUUACCAAGUCCAAAGUUCAAGCAACCAAGACGUGAGGAGACGAAGCUAGAGAAGGACUCUGAAUUCAUCUCCCAUUACACUAAUGGGGCUUUUGUUUACAGAGGCCAUCUUGCAGAGAACCCCCACAACCUAAAACCUGCCAAUGCUGAUAGCAUGACUUUGUCAUCAGGGAUCAAGUGUGAAGACUCUGAUGGGGAGGAGCCAUUGGUUUGUGCUAUCUGUAAUGACAAAGCCACUGGUCUUCACUACGGAAUCAUAACAUGUGAAGGGUGCAAAGGUUUCUUCAAAAGAACUGUUCAGAACAAGAGAGUCUAUACAUGUGUGGCAGACAGUAAUUGUGAAAUCAACAAGGCCCAGCGGAACCGAUGUCAGUACUGCCGUUUUAAAAAAUGUUUGAAAAUGGGGAUGGUUCUUGCAGCUGUUCGUGAAGACAGAAUGCCUGGAGGUAGAAAUUCUGGAGCUGUUUAUAAUCUUUACAAGGUGAAGUAUAAAAAACAUAAGCGUCGUGAGAAUUCUGAAAGAAAUAUGCGAAAUCAAAAGCUUAGCUUUCCCACUUGCAAGCUGGAAAUGCCAGAGACAAUCCCAGGAUACCCUGUUGAUAACUUCACUUCUUCAAACUCAGCUUAUGAGUCAAGCACAGGCUGUGAUUCAGACGUUGUGAGCUGCCACUCAGAAAAAUCUCUUACAAGUUAUGAUCAGUUCCAUGGCUACCACCACACAAGGCAUUUGAACAAUGUGCCUACCUCCAGCACCUCAUUGUAUAGUAGUUCUCACAAUGAGUACAGUUCAGCCCACAGUGGGCACUUACAAAGUGCGUCAUCGAAUGGGCCAAAGUCUUAUCAUCAGUCCAGACUCUUUGAUCAACAGACUUACUUGCCCCAAGAAGGUGUCACACAUUUAAAAAUCCCAUCACCUGUAAGGCAGCGUAACCUGAGCUCUUCAAUGUCUGAUGCAUGCAGCUUGCCUAGCAAAGGCAUAACUGUAGAGCUGGGCAAAGUUGCUCUUUGUUCUUCUUCUAGACAUCAAGACCAAUGCUUGGAGAGAUCACACAGUUCUCACACUAUGAAAUCAUAUAAUUACGAUAAUGAACAGUCAUCUCCUAAUGCACACCGUUGUGGGGUUGAAACUUGUCAAGAACAAGCAUUGACUUCCUUUAGUGGUCACCAGUUGACCUCAUCUUACUACAACCACAAACACAGAGUGUCCCCAAAUCAGUCUACUAGUGAAUAUACAUCUUCCAGUUUUCAUGGGGCAGAACAUAAUACAUGUAGCCCUGAUGUUCAAUCAGAUAGAACAAUCCAGAAAAAUGUGCAAGACAGUAACUCUAAUCAACUUAAAAACUCGAAGAAUCAUCAUGUUUACAUUGACAUGAAUAAUCUCCCUGGGGUCAAACAAGAAGUUGAACGCAUCGACGACUAUCGGCAGAGUAAAGUUAUUAACCUUCAGAAGUCUUGUGUUCGUGAGAUUAAUAUUCUCCCCCCAUCACCCUCUACUAGUCCUCCCAACGACUGUCAAACAAAAGCACAUAGCAACCAUCUUUCACCAAACAGCUCUCACCACUUUAAAUAUCCAGCGAGUCCAUUACAAAAUGAAAAUGGCAGAAGUAUAUCCAGCUUGCACCCUCCAACUCAUCAAGCAUCUGCCACAGCCACAUCUGGUGGACUGUCUUUCUUUAACAUGCCAGUAUCUUCCCUAAUAUCAGACCUGGCUAAAAACGAGAGUCUUUUAAGUAUUGCUAAUGACUACAAGAUUUCACAAUUCACUGGCACAGAAGAAGUUGUGGCUCAGGCUUUGUGCCAGGUUGGAGGCAAGAUUGUCAUGAGGUUUAUCCAGUGGAUGAAACAACUACCAUUUUAUAGAGAUAUCCCCAAAGAGCUUCAAACUAAAAUCCUUAUGUCUAAAUGGCAUGAGCUUCUUCUGCUGAUCAUGGUAUCUGCUGGCCCUGUGGGCAAGCACCUUAAGAAGUCUGACUACAGGCCCACCUUCUCAGAGCUGUACCACAAGAACAUGCUGCGCAUGCAGGACUACCUGGACAAGAGCUUCAAUAAGUUCUUUACCCUAGACCAGCUGCAGUCUGACAUAGGGGAGAUUAUGGAGAAGGUGACGGCCAUUAUGACCUACUUUUGGGAGCUGGGCAUCACCAAAAAGGAACUGAUGUGUUUGAAGGUCAUUUUGUUACUCAACCAUGAGAGUAUCAAAAAAGAGACAAAGUUGCAGCACAUCUCUGCCUCCUAUAAGCAAGCCUUACAACAGUACAUCCUAGAGAAGUUUCCCUCAGAGGCUAACAGGCUAGGAGAUGUCUUGAGCCAACUGCCCUACUUGCAAGAAGCCUCAGCCCAAUUACUGACCAGCAAAAUGAUUUACAUCCCCUUUUUACUCAAUGACUAACACACAAGAGUGUAGAGAAGUGUUGAUAUAGAUUAGGUGUUAGCUCUGUGAAUAAAUACCAGACUGUGAUGUGGAAAACAAAAAGUGAAAUACAUUUUGAAGCCAAAGCAGAUCCAAAUCAAUUUUUCUUAGUUUCUAUUUUUCAUUUUUUAAUUUGAACUAGUUCUCACUCAAAAAAAAAAAAAAGCACUGUUGGCAGUUAAGUAUUAGCCUAAAAAAAAACAAGUUUUGAUACACAAAGGGCUACAAGUAAAUUAGUGUUAGUAAAGUGAAGUUCCCCUUUCAGACCUUGUGGUCUAUAGGGCAGAUGAUGUAAAGGUCAUCUGUUUCUGUGGCCCACGGUUAACUAAGGCAUUAUGUGGCCAGCACAACGACCAACCACCUCUACUUUUCCACAAUAUUGUCAGGUAUUCAUUAGAGCUGGGUGGACUCAGAGGCGCCCAAAGAUCUGGAAAUUAAAAAUGCUUUACCACUCCGCCUCUUAAAUCAGUGUUAACCACAUGUACAGUUUUGUUUUUUAGUUGACUUUUUUUUUUGUUAGGAAUAUUUAAUUCACUGUAAGAUAUGAUGUGAACUUAUUUAUCUUUUAUCAUGGCAAAUUUUGUUGUACUAUUACUGGUUGCUUUUUUUUAUGUUCUUCACACAUGUGUACUUGUUAAAGCCUAUUUUAUUUCUCGGUGCAAAUAAUUUUGUAGCUUUUAUGACUCAGCCCGGUGUUAUUUGAGCAGAAUGCUAUUUUAAGCUAUUAUUUUUUAUUAUUAUUGUUUAUGAAAUUCGUAUGUAGAUAUGCUAUUUUCUCAAACACUUUGUAUUAAGUUCUGUUAUUCUAAAAUUAUAAUCAAGCUUCUAUUUACCAAAUACCAAUGGAAAGAAAAUGUAUUAUGACAAUUUUUAACCACCUUCUCAUACAACACAACACUUGACUUUUGUACUAGUGCUAUUUGUUAUUGAAUUCACUUUUGUACUAGUGCAUUUGUUCUUUUCUAAGUUAUUGUAGAAUUCUAUUUCUCUGAUGUGAUCAUACUCAUGCAUUUAUUCCUGUAAUGUGCCACAAACUGUAAAUAUAUUUGGUGUCUAUUACAUUAGACAAAAAUGUUUCCUGUAAAUUAAUUUGAUGUUUGCUCAGUUCUUUGUUCAUCAAAAUCUUUCUUCAUUGUCUUUCAUCACAAAUCAUAUUAUUUUAUUUAACUCUAAAACCCCUGAUUUUUUAUUUUUUUUUGGAAAUAAAACUUAAGAGAACUCUGAUGUUAUAUUUCAAGCUGAUCCUACAUUUAAACUAGAUGAAUUCUCAGAGAAUUUAAGUCCCUUUGUUUUGCUUACUGCUCUUUCAUUCAUCUGUGAUAGUCUUCAAAACUGAACUGCUUGCAUUGUCUCGAUUUCAUUAUUACUUGUACAGGAGAAAUUAAAAUGAGUGCCAUUGAGGUCAUUAGAAGACAGAUUUUCUACCUACACAUGGAAUGUUCUCUUUUCUGCCUCCCCUACAAGUGAACCUAUCCUGUGAUGUUUUCCCCACGCUUCUCGAUGGUAGUGAGAUCUGGAGCAAUACAUCUGUGUGCCUUUUGUAGUUUCAGAGGAGACAAGAACUUACUAACCAAUCCUUAAAAUAAACACUAUGUACCGCACUUGUUCAUGGCAAAAUCUGUGCCUUUCAUUGGUCAGUUUGUACUGUGCCUUUAGUGUGGACAAAUGCAUACAGUAGCACUUAAAGAGCUUUUGAUUUUUUACUUAUUGAUUGAUAGUGCAUUGCUACUGUUAUUCUGUCAAACUUAAGCUUUGAGUAUACAAAUUUGUAACCUAAAAAAAUACUCUAAUUGUUUAACUAGUAACAAAUAUAAAAAAAAAAAGUAGAAAUGUCUUCAUCUCAGGACUGGGCUGGUGAUGUCAAUAAAUUUUGUCUCAUCUAAUCUAGUGUCAAUACAAUGUUUAGUGUUUUUAAUGUAACAUUCUGAUUUCUUGGUUUCAAAAGAAUUGUAGAGUCUAAUUCUUUCUUGACUCAAACUUGUGCUUUCCUCUGCUGUUAUAUUUAUGUGAUGUGUUUGUGAGACUCAAUUGUGUGUCCCUGGCUCUGAUAUUUGUUUUUGUGUUGAUGAUGUUUAUUUAUUUAGUGUGUAAAUAAUUUUAUUUUUCUUUGAGUAUAAAAAAUUAAGUUUGAAGACUUUAUAUUUCAAUCAAAACUUGACAGUCUCUGGCCAACUAAAUUCCAUUUUUUUUAAAUGCCUUUAUUUCAUUUGAUUUCAUUGUAGUAAUUGUGAUACUAUGAGUAAGUUACUUUUUACUGUGCCAUCUGUACAACUUUCCCCAAUAGCUGUUGUACUUUGUUUUUAUUGAAUAAUAAUGUUGGCAGUUGUUUUCUCUUAUGACUUUAUGAAUAUCAUAAGACAUUUUUAUUAUAUGAUCACUAUGUAAUAUCAUAAGACAUAUUUUUAUUAUAUGAUCACUAUGUAAUAUCAUAAGACAUUUUUAUUUCAUGAUCACUAUGUACAUUUCAUCUGAGAUCCUGACAAAAAAUAUUGCCAGUUUUUGUGUUGUGCUGUUUGAUGAUAAGUUUAUGUGUUGUGAAUAAAUCAAUUUGAAAUAAACCUCCUGAAGCAGUUUCA